CCGAGAGGCUGACUGAAAGGCCCUAGAAAGUAAAAGAGGCUGGGAGUUGCCCCCUCCCUGCUUCUCACAGCUCUGGGAGCCCAGCAGAAGUGGUUUUUUUUUCUCUUAAUGAACAAGUAAACCACACAGAUUGUCAACAUGGGACGGAGAUCUACAUCAUCCACCAAGAGUGGAAAAUUCAUGAACCCUACAGACCAAGCUCGAAAGGAAGCCCGGAAAAGAGAAUUAAAGAUGAACAAAAAACAGCACAUGAUGGUACGAGCUGCAGUUUUGAAGAUGAAGGAUCCCAAACAGAUUAUUCAGGACAUGGAGAAAUCGGAUGAAAUGGAAUUUAACCCAGUGCAACAGCCACAGUUAAAUGAGAAAGUACUGAAAGACAAGCGUAAAAAGCUGUGUGAAACCUUUGAACGUAUUCUACGACUUUAUGAAAAAGAGAAUCUGGAUAUUUACAAAGAACUGGGAAAGCUAGAAGUAGAAUAUGAACAGAAGAGGGCUCAACUUAGCCAGUAUUUUGAUGCUGUCAAGAAUGCUCAGCAUGUGGAAGUGGAGAGUAUUCCUUUGCCAGAUAUGCCACAUGGUCCUUCCAACAUUUUGAUCCAGGACAUUCCACUUCCUGGUGCCCAACCACCCUCCAUCCUUAAGAAAACCUCAGCCUAUGGACCUCUAACUCGGGCAGUUUCUAUCCUUCCUCUUCUUGGACAUGGUGUUCCACGUUUGCCUCCAGGCAGAAAACCACCUGGCCCUCCCCCUGGUCCACCUCCUCCUCAAGUUUUGCAGAUGUAUGGCCAUAAAGUGGGCUAUGCCCUAGAUCUUCCUUCUCGUAGGUGAGAUGAAGACAUGUUAUAUAGUCCUGAACUUGCUCAGCGGGGUCAUGAUGAUGAUGUUUCCAGCACCAGUGAAGAUGACGGCUAUCCUGAGGACAUGGAUCAAGAUAAGCAUGAUGACAGUACUGACGACAGUGACACUGACAGAUCAGAUGGAGAAAGUGAAGGGGAUGAAUUUGUACACCGUGAUGAUAAUGAAAGAGACAACAAUGGAAAAAAGUCAGGUCUAAGUGUAUGAUUUGCAGAUAUGUCUGGAAAAUCAAGGAAGAAAAAGAACAUAAAGGAGCUGACUCCUCUUCAAGCGAUGAUGCUUCGCAUGGCAGGUCAGGAAAUCCCUGAGGAGGGACGGGAAGUAGAGGAAUUUUCAGAGGACGAUGAUGAAGAUGAUUCUGAUGACUCUGAAGCAGAAAAGCAAGCACAAAAACAGCAUAAAGAGGAAGCUCAUUCUGAUAGCACAUCUACUGCUUCACAGCAGCAGGCUCCCCCACAGUCUGUUCCUCCCUCUCAGAUACAAGCACCUCCCAUGCCAGGACCACCUCCUCUUGGACCACCACCUGCUCCACCUUUACGGCCUCCUGGACCCCCUACAGGCCUUCCUCCUGGACCACCUCCAGGAGCUCCUCCAUUCUUGAGACCACCUGGAAUGCCAGGACUCCGAGGGCCUUUACCCCGACUUUUACCUCCGGCACCACCACCAGGCCGACCCCCUGGCCCUCCCCCAGGUCCACCUCCAGGUCUGCCUCCUGGCCCUCCUCCUUGGGGACCUACACCAAGGCUACCUCCCCCUGCACCUCCAGGUAUCCCUCCACCCCAUCCCGGCAUGAUGUGCCCACCUUUGGUGCCUCCACUUGGACCUGCCCCCCCUGGGCUUUUCCCACCAGCUCCCUUGCCAAACCCUGGGGUUUUAAGUGCCCCGCCCAACUUGAUUCAGCGACCCAAGGCAGAUGAUACAAGUGCAGCCACCAUUGAGAAGAAAGCCACAGCAACCAUCAGUGCCAAGCCACAGAUCACUAAUCUCAAGGCAGAGAUUACUCGAUUUGUGCCCACUGCACUGAGGGUACGUCGGGAGAAUAAAGGGGCUACCACUGCUCCCCAGUCAGAGGAUGAUUCUGCUGCCAAAGCAGCCCCCAAAUAUGGUCCUUCUGUUCCUGUCUCAGUACAAACUAAGGAUGAUGUGUAUGAAGCUUUCAUGAAAGAGAUGGAAGGGCUACUGUGACAGAUUUUGA